AUGACGACCGUCGAAAGAUGGCAGGGUCAACUGCCGUCCCGUCUUGGAGGUGGGGAGGGAACUGGAAGUUCAACCCAGGUCUCUGCCCAAGGAAGCCAUGAUGUUGAAUGCCCGGAAGGUUUGAGGCACAAGUUGUCAAACUGGCGAACUUCUGUUUCUUUUCGCCCACCUCCGAGCAUCACAUCGAAAUCUGCACAGCAGGUAGAUCCCAAGGCACCCCAGUAUGACGGGUCUGAUUCUGGCAUCGGCAUUGCUACACCAUCUUCACAUAGCCAACAAAUCGAGCCUGUCGGAUUGGACUUGCCCGGAACGGAGUUGAAAUCUUUCGAUGAACCCAUAUCCCAACGAUUGAAAGCACGGUUCUUCGACAUCAAGGUCCUGUACACUCAACCACUGCUUGACUACAUUCUCAAGAGGAAAAAAGACCCCGGAGACAUUUCCAUGAAGCUGAAGUACCUGGGACUCCAUUCUCAAAGUAUCCAGCUCCAUAUCGUCAUUCAAUGCGAAAAGAAAGUCGUCAAGAGAGUGAAGAAGUUCUUCGCCCAGGGCCAUGUCGAAGAGGAGCUGUUACCUGACUUUCGGGUCUUUGUGCUGGAGAAGGCACUCUUGCGGCUAACCAAUGACGAUGCGAUAGAGGUUCUAGCGGACUCGGUCCCAAUGAGAACAUGGUGUGGAACUCCCAUCAGAUUGAUGCGAGGCAAUGCGUCUGUUGUAGCGACUUUCGGGGGUAUCAUUGUGGUUGAAACCUCUCACAAGCGCCUAGUUGGCUUGACGGCUGCCCAUUCUCUGAAGAAAUUGCAUAGUCCUCUAUCCAAUCAGCUCUUAACGAAUGAUACAGAAGUCCCCUUCUCGUCCUCUUCUUCAAAUGCUUCCGAGAGCGAAAGCGACUCUGAUUGCGAGUCCACAAUCACGACUGAAAGUUCAGUGCAGCAUCUCGAGCACUUGAAUGACAAGGGACUGGAUACCACUGCAUCUCAAAACACCGUGCAAAUCGGCACCAUCCUUUGCAAUACAUUCAAUGCUCCGAUGGCACAGAACUAUGACUGGGCUAUUAUUGAUUUGAGCCAACAAGCGACAUUACCUAAUAGAGUUGUCCUAGAUGGACAGCCUGACUCGUCAGAUUUUGAGGAAGACAGCGACCUUGAACCCAUCCUAUUUCCAGUUGGGAAUCCCUGUGUAUCAGUGUCUAGGCAAGUCCUAGUACUGAAGCAAGGUGCCAAGCCGAUUGGAGAGAUGUCUCUUGACACUUCCUCUAUGCUGAUAUCCCCCGGAUCAUCAUUUGUUGAGGUCUACGAUCUUUCCCUGGAGCAUGGCUCUUCGUUGAGUCCAGGUGACUCCGGCUCCUGGGUAGUCGAUGCAAAGACCUCCGUAUUAUAUGGCCAUGUUGUUUCGACUGAUGCCUUUGGAGAGGCCCAAGUGAUGCCUAUUCGUUCGACUCUCGACAGUAUCAAGGUGCAGAUGAAUGCCACACGAGUAUUCCUGCCCAAUAGUGAUGAGAUCCAACUGUUUAGGGAGACCUCAAGGAUCCCUGUGCCUGCCAACCUGGAAGUAUCGCCGAUCACUGUGGCACCUGAACAGCAGGAGAUUACACAGGCAACCCACUCGGAAGAUAUGACGGGAGACCAAUUUUGGCAUUCGCCACCUUCUACAGGGGCCUCUGGCAAGUUCUCAGCUGGACGCGCAGUAUCUCAACAAGAUAUUGUCGCCCAAAGCCUUGAUAUCGCACGUGAGAGCCCUGACGGGGCUUCUUAUCCUUCUAUUAGACAGAUCCUUGAAUCGGCACUGGAAGAAAUAUGGACCAAGGUACAGGAUCAGCCCGACUCAUAUGUUAUGACGAGAGAUGAGUUUGCCGUGUUCAGUUUCUUCCAGCACCGCUUCACCGGUGACAAAAUGGCCGUCGCUGCUAGAAAGAGAUACUGGGGAUCACUAUCAAUAGAUUCUCUGGAGUCUACCAAGACUGAAAGUGGCGAUCUCGGUCAGAUUGACGCCAUUCGGAAAUUGGUUCAAGCCUCGUAUCGCCGUAUUGGUACAUACGGCCCAGAUUUCGCCAAUGUGGCUACUAAGCUGUACAAACUUGAACUGGCCCUCAGGCGGUUUCGAGAUGACGUCGCCCAGGAAGACAUUCCUGUGCAUCUCGAAGAAUAUUAUUACAGCCACCUUCACUCACUCAUUGAGGAUUGGGAUUUCGCCAUGAAGCGAGUCAGUUCUCUAAUUGAUACGUAUAAUGACGAAGAAAUAAGGUUCGAAGGCGAAGAUGCGUCCGUGAGCAGUGAACUGAAACCCAUAGAGCCUAUCUUAGCCGGCAAAAGGAUGGCCAUUGAGCUGUUGCUUGACUCAGUCCAGUUACAAAAGCCUCAGAUACACUAUGGACGCGAGUCUGACCUCGAAUAUAUCAAGGACAAGGUCGACCAAAUUGCUGCUCAGCUCUUCGCAAACUGGGAUGCUGGGUCCUUCUCGGGAGAAGACGAUGACUUAUGGAGGCAUUUCCAGGAACUUCUUGAGAAAGAGGGGUUUUCAUCUCAGGUCUUGAGUAAAAGCAAAGAUGUCCUCGUGGUGUAUAUCAACGAACUCAGACAUGUUGCCAAUACCAUGACAAGCACACUCCCUCGUACUCAUAUACCAUCCGAGCCACCUUUAAAGAUUGUACCCAAUGAGCAACGGAAACCAGAUAUUAAACAUAAGCUUGAUGACGUAAAAAUACAAUGGGAGCUUAUUACGACAGAGGACAUAAUUGCUCUGGACAGAGAGGGUUCAGCAAUGCAGCAGAUCCAGCCUUUACUUUCACCAAGGGAAGCAGGACCUCUGCAACAGCCCAUUGCAUCACAGGAUUGGUACACAGAAAUCUCUCGCGUGACUGAGGACUUAUCUCGUCAUGUCUCAUCUCAGUCCACAUACAGAGGCGAUAAUGGUCAAGCCGGCUUUGCCCCAAACUCUCGACUUGUGGCUCCAGAUCAAGACGGUAGAGCAAUUCCUGAUGCUGCGCAUUGGACGAAAAUAUCACGCAAACUUGUCAGCGUGGAGGUCCUACAACGAGCAGGCGUACGCUACGAAGCAAGACCAGAUUACGUCGCCAUCCUUGGUGUUUUGUCCAGAGAAAAAGUGGCAAAGCUAGUUCGUGAUAGCGAAGUGACGAUAACUUCUCGUCCUCCCCCUCCGUAUCGCCGAGCCAGAAGUACUUCCGGACAGGCUCGACUUGUAUCCCCAGUCGCCAAUGACGACGAGGUAUCCUUCAUCCCUUCAGUUGAUGGCGACAAUGUGGGUAGUUCACUUGCUGAAUUUCUUUUCAAGAGGCCCAGCAAAGCUCUUGAUAACGACGUCACUGCGGGCAGAGAGGAAAGAUAUCCUUCACGGAGUGUCGGAAAAAAGCAAGAACAGCCCGGGAGUGAACAAGAGACGUUAAACGCAAGGCAAUAUAAUGGGGUUGGAAUACGCCUAAGACGUAACCCUCACAGGGAAAGGAAUGACUGGGGUGGGCUUCAGCACAGCGUAAGGGCCUAUGAUAAGGGUGGUCGAGGUGGUGUAGUUGGAAUUGGAAGCGCUGCAGCCUCGAAGCGAAGCGCGUACCGUCUCUCGUUAUGA